CACAGGCUCCCCGGCAACUUAUACAAAUCAAACCCCAGACCACAUACACGAACCUAAAAAUUAAGAAGAAAAGGGGGAAAAAAAAAUACAACUAUCUUCCCCUCCCUAGCACCACCCUCUCUCUCUCUCUCUCUGUCUGUCUCUGAUAUGCCCUACCACGCACAGCUACAUCGAUUGACUUGCAGCAUCUAAGCGCCCAACUCCUAUCAUCUUUCUUGAUCUUCUGCUGGUUCUCAAGGUGACAGUACCCUUCAGUAAAUCCGUUAAAUCUUUCUGAGAUCAUCUAAUCUUGUACUGGAAAACUUUGUCUCUUUGCACCGGGUCAGCCCUUGCUGCAGAGUAAAGUCAGCGGCUCUCCCCACCAAUAAUGGACAAAGAGGCGAAUCAUCCGGCCAGUUUCGCACACCUCGACUACCCUUUGGACCACCAACUCCAGCAUAGCAGGCAGCAGGAGAACUCGGAGAACAGCAUCGAGAUGGUGGACUACAUGCUGAGCAACCCCGCACCCCAGACUCAGAUCUCCUUCGACAAACUGAGCUUCGCCGACGUGAUGCAGUUCGCUGACUUUGGACCCAAGCUCGCACUGAACCAGUCGAAGAUCACGGAGGACGAGAACUACUUCCUCAAAUUCCAGGUCUUGGGCGACAAGUUGCCAGAGGACCCCUUGACGGCACCACCUCCUCCGUCACCAGCGCCAGUGGCCGGUGGGGAGGAUAGGUUUGGUGGGACGAGCUUGGAGAGCAAGGGAAUGACCAUGGAGGAGGAAAGACCGGAGGAAAGAGAAGAAGAGGGUCGGUUCUCCGAAAAUAUCUCGUCGGUGCAACAGCUACGUUCAGUCGGUGGGGUUGAGAAGACAGGUUCUUUGGAGACGAAGAAUAGAAGGAAAAGGCCGAGGUCGAUGAAGACAAGCGAGGAGGUGGAGAGCCAAAGGAUGACUCACAUUGCAGUGGAACGCAACAGAAGGCGGCAGAUGAACGAGCAUCUCAGAGUGUUGAGAUCUCUUAUGCCGGGAUCUUACGUCCAGAGGGGAGACCAGGCAUCCAUUAUCGGCGGUGCCAUAGAGUUUGUUAGAGAACUUGAGCAACUACUGCAGUGCUUAGAAUCACAAAAGAGACGGAGACUUUUUGGGGGCAGCGAAGCAUCUAAAACAAUGAUGGAAGGUCCUCCACUGCCCCUUCAGGCGCAGUUCCACCAGCAGCCCAUCUACCCCUCCCUCCCGUUUCCCAACGGCGAUCACAUGAAGCUCCUCGAUCUCGACCCCAGCGGUGGCCUCCGGGAGGAGAUGGCAGAGAACAAGUCCUGCCUCGCUGACAUUGAGGUCCGGGUGCUCGGUUUCGAUGCAAUGAUCAAGAUCCUGUCUCGGAGGCGGCCGGGGCAACUCCUCAAGACCAUCGCAGCCCUCGAAGACCUGCAGUUUAACAUACUACACACCAACAUCACCACCAUAGAGCAGACUGUUCUCUACUCUUUCAACGUCAAGAUUGCGGGUGAAACGAGAUGCACUGCUGAAAACAUUGCGAACUCAGUCCAGCAGAUACUCAGCUUCAUCGACGCAAACACGCUAUGAUUCAGUCUGCAGGGAGAAAUACUGGCAUCAAGUAAAACUGUAAAAGCCUUUAGUGAACCACGAUAUAUUCAAUAAAGAGAAACUGAUGUAUAACUAGCUAUAUGUGAGCAAAUAUAUUUCGUUUGGUCUCGUCUUUCCAUCUGUAAA